AAUCUCUCCCCUCGGCUCGGUCAGUUACGCGAGUACCAGCGAACGUUCCGCGUGUCCAUCGUUUACACCGGCGAUGUCGCGAUAAAACCCCGAAAUCCAUCGUGACGAGACGAAUACGCGAAUUCACUUCAGACGUGUUCAGUGCGAAAUUCAGUGAAACAUCCACGGCCCAGGAUACGAAAAUAGGUGUAGUGCUCCCGGUACGAUGCCUAACAUGUCCUGCCAGUGAGCUGUAUCUUUCUUUCUCGAUAAGAUUCGAGCGCCUGACAGCGCGGCGGGGCGGCCCCAAUGCCGGUCAGGAAGGGCCUCCUCGCCCCACAAAAUACAUUUCUAGAUACCAUCGCUACUCGUUUCGAUGGAACCCACAGCAACUUUGUGCUGGGAAAUGCGCAGGUUCCGGCACUGUACCCGAUCGUAUAUUGCUCCGAUGGAUUCUGCGAGCUGACAGGAUUCGCGCGAGCGCAAAUUAUGCAGAAGGGCUGCGCUUGCAAGUUCCUCUAUGGCCCGGAAACGAAAGAAGAAGAAAGGGCAAUGAUUGACAAGAGCCUCGAAAGCAAGACGGAAUUAAAAAUGGAAGUUGUAUUUUAUAAAAAAAACGGAAGUCCAUUCGAUUGCUUGCUCGAUAUUGUUCCGAUCAAAAACGAAAAGGGCGACGUCGUUCUCUUUCUGGCUUCGCAUAAGGAUAUCACCCACACGAAGAAUCUUCAGCUCUGUGAGUUGCACGAUAGUGAUGCAAAUGGCGGUCUCGAUCCCGAGGCACCGCCAGCUAAUUAUGGCAGGAGAAGGAGCCGCGCCGUCCUUUAUCAAUUAUCUGGCCAUUUCAAACAGGACAAUAAGCAUAAAAUUAAAUUAAACAAUAAUCUUCUGCAUUCCACUGCACCACCUUUACCAGAAUACAAAACGACAGGAAUCAAAAAGUCUCAAUUCAUUCUAAGCCACUACGGCGGAUUUAAGUCUUGCUGGGAUUGGUUGAUACUACUUGCAACAUUUUACGUCGCGAUCGUUGUCCCAUUUAACGCAAGCUUCAUUAACAUCGACAGGCCUACGAUGGUCAGCGACGUUGUUGUCGAAGCACUAUUUAUAAUCGAUAUCGUUCUAAAUUUUAGAACGACAUACGUAAACAGGAAAGGUGAAGUCGUGAGCAACAGCAAAAGCAUUGCCGUGAAUUAUCUGAAGGGUUGGUUUAUCGUCGACCUUGUCGCUGCUCUACCCUUUGAUUUUCUUUAUGCUUCCGACGUUUACAGCGGCGAGGAAUCGGGACACGGUAAUAUUCACUUAGUAAAGUUAACGAGAUUACUGAGGCUCGCGCGAUUACUUCAAAAGAUGGACAGAUAUUCGCAGUACAGUGCAGUAAUAUUGACAAUGUUGAUGCUCUUUUUUAUUCUGGUCGCACAUUGGUUGGCUUGCAUUUGGUUCGUAAUCGCAGAGAAAGAGAGAUUGAAAAACGACAGCGACUGGGAUCUCGGGUGGAUUCAUACGCUGGCGGAAAGGUUAAAGAUUUCCGUGGCAAACGUGACACACGCUGAAAGUUACAUCACGGCAUUGUACUUCACUUGCAGUAGCUUAACGUCGGUAGGAUUUGGGAACGUGUCGGCCAAUACAUUUUCUGAAAAGUUCUUCUCGAUUUGCACAAUGCUCAUUGGCGCUCUGAUGCACGCUGUUGUGUUUGGUAACGUGACUGCAAUUAUUCAAAGAAUUUAUUCGAGGAGAUCGCUAUACCAAACAAAAUUGCGGGAUCUCAAGGACUUUUUUGUACUGCAUCAGAUCCCCGAUGAGUUGAAGCAACGAAUGCAGGACUAUUUUCAAACUAUGUGGUCGCUAAAUCACGGUAUUGAUAUAUACGAGACCCUCAAACAAUUUCCGGAAGAACUCCGGGGAGACGUUUCGAUGCACUUACAUCGCGAGAUAUUAAAUUUACCAAUAUUCGAAACUGCUUCCCAGGGCUGUCUCAAAUUAAUUUCUCUCCGCAUUAAGAACAAUUUUUGUGCACCCGGCGAAUAUCUUAUUCACAAGGGAGAUGCUCUCUCGUACAUUUACUACAUAUGCAACGGUUCUAUGGAAGUCAUACAGAAUAAUAUGGUCGUUGCAAUUCUGGGUAAGGGAGACUUGGUAGGCUGUGACAUAAACGUUCACCUGCAACACGGUAACAACGGGGGUGGAACAGGUGGCGGGGGAGCUGCCGAUGUCGUAGUUAAAUCGAGUUGUGACGUUAAAGCGUUAACAUAUUGUGAUUUAAAAUGUAUGAAUAUGCACGGGUUGGUCGAGGUACUUAGACUGUAUCCCGAGUACCAACACGAGUUUGCGAAUGAUAUAAUACAUGAUCUCACUUAUAAUAUUCGGGAGGGAUACGAAGCGGAACAAGAAUCAGACAUGAAUGGACCAUCGUUAACGCUACCUUCGAUCAGUGAAGACGAUGAAAACGUGCCUGAGGAGGGAGAAACUUCACCUUUAUCGCCACCAAAUAAAUCGCCGUUACAUACUUCGAGUCCCCGGCACGCUAAAUUCAGAGAUGAAUACCGCGAAGCACGUAGACCCGGAAGAGGAGUUCUAGUAAGGGGAAGAGCGGCUCAAGUAAUCGCUCAAGAGUCGAUGGAGGAACACAUACGAGGAUCGGUGGAAAGACUUGACACACAAUUUUCUACAUUACAUCAAGACGUCGCUACACUGAGUUGCGAGCUAAGAAAUGCCAUACAAGCUCUGCACAUACUCGCGUGUUCGCCACAAAGUAAUCCAAAUCUACCAACCCCCGCGAGUCGUGGGAGUGGCGUCCUGGCGAGAAGUUCGUCUCAUCCGCCGGAUGCUAUAUGCUGGGAUCCUCCCAGAAGAAUGUCAGACGCUACUACGCAAACCGACUGGCCCGUGGACUUAUUCGAAUCUUGGGUUCGAGCAAAUCCUCAAAAGGUUCUCAGAAUUCUCGAACUCGAUCCAGAUACUCUUCUGAGGCAGCCACACUCCCCGACACCGUCUCCAUCUUCUCCCCCGCCACCACCGUACGAACCCCUAUCGCCUGUUGCAGGAACGCCACCCCAAUCGCCAUCUCCGUCACAAGGUAAUCAUUCAAAUUAUUAUGUAUACUAAAUUCGUAUUUUGGCCAAAAAUAAAAAUCGAUAAAUAUGCAUCGGCGAUAGCGACACGACGUGUAUAUGCACCUAAAACACAAUGAAUUAAGGAUGUAUUAGCUAUACAGUCAAUC